CCCGGGAGUCCCUCCCGGGGCGGGGCCGCGCAGGCGCGGGGCGGCCAUGGCGACCUUCUUCGGGGAGGUGGUGGUGGCCCCGUCCCGGGCCGGGCUGGACGAGGAGGAGGAGGAGCGGGAGGAGACCCCCGAGGACCGCGAGAUCCGCAGGGAGCUGGAAAAGAAAAGGGAGAUCGAGGUGCUGUGGUGCGGGCUGGCCCAGGAGCCCUUGGCGUGCUCCAGGUUCGUCGUGGCCAUAGGGCGGAACGCGGCAGCUUUCCUGUCAUCUUUUAUUCUGGAUUCUGUGUGCUGGGAAGUGGUUGGAGUGGUGAAGCUGUGGAAUGAGUGGUGUCGAACAUCCAGCACCACAAACGUCCUCCCCACAGAUUCUUUCUGUUUGUUCUACAGAUUAAUAUCAGACCCCACAGUUCUGUUGUGCCAGUGUAGUUGUUACGUGGCUGAGGAUCAACAGUUCCAGUGGCUUGAGAAGGUUUUUGGCUCCAUGCAGAAGGAAGGUUUGCAGGUAACCAUCCUUUCAACGUGCCCCGUGGCUGAUUAUAAAACUCAGGAAUCCACUUUAACACUUGCAUCUCCGUUCCUGAAAGCCUUGAAGACCAAAGAAUUCCAGGAGCAGGUUUGCUGCCCACUGCUGGAACAGCCCAACAUUGUGAGGGAUCUUCCUGCUGCUGUUUUGAGUUACUGCCAGGUCUGGCAGAUCCCUGCAGUGCUGUACCAGUGCUACACUGAUGUCAUCAAACUGGACACGGUGACAAUUGAAGCCUUCAAGCCUCUGCUUUCUUCUAAAGUCCUCAAGAGUUUAGUCAAGGAUGCAUCUGAAAGCACAAAGAUGUUGAAGAAGUUCCUGACAGCCACUGAAAGCCACAAUAAUAUCUAUAUUUAACAAGGACAUUUAUUUUUAACUUUAUUUUCAGUCACAGAGUAUUUUCUAAUAUCUGAUGCUCUUUAAAGGUUUGGCUGUGAUAAAGAAGAUACACUCUGUGCCCUUUUACAUCCAUAAAUAUAUAUAAUUUUGUUUGUGUGUCUGCACAUACUUUUUUAAUGUAUGUGUUGAUACAAAAUACAGUUAGUAAAGCAUGGAAAAUGCCUUUUAAAGACUUAAAUAACCUGGUGAAACGGGCUUGCAGGAUCACAAGCUGCUUCAGCUCGAUUUGCCAGGACAAUUAUCCAUUUUAAAGCUCCAAACUUUUGGCAACAGUAGGAAUAGUACAAGAUCUGCAAUGCAGAGCUUGUGAUUUUUAGAGGAAAAUAAAAAUUCAGGUUUUAAAGUGUCUCAGAAAAUUCUCUGGAAGUUGGUAACAAUCUCAGCAGUUUAUUUAAAAUAUUUGCUCGGAUUGAGGUGCAGUUCUGAGUUUUUCAUGCUCUGUUUAAUUUAGCAUUUUGUUUAAGGAAGUGGCAUUAAAAGUGGUGUUUGUGUUGCUCCCAGGGGAAUUCUGUUCUCUGAGUUUAACUUUACACUGGAGGCCCAGUUCCUUUAAAUUGCUGUUCAUGUUAUUGCAGAGAAGCAAGAAAAUGUUGCUUCAAGUGCUGCUGGAUUUUGGAACUGGAUUUUGGAGCAAAGCCUGAAGUGCAGGCCAUGGUUCCUUCUGUGGUUUUUUGGGUUUUUUUUCCCACUUCUGUCCAUCAUUUUAAUCCAAAAACGGUUUCUUUGAGUGAGCUGAGGGUUCUCUUGCUCUGAAAGCUGCACAUUGGCUGCACCAUUUCCUUACUUGUACCUGUUUGGUUUAUAAUAAAUAAGGUAGAUAACCAAAAAUAUCUUUAAUAAUAAAAAAUGCAGGCUCUUUUAGGAACUGUGAAUGUAUUUCUGGUUUCGGUGUGAUCACCCAGGCAGUUUGCAAUCUCUCAGAAUAGUUAUUUUAUUAUAAAUAAUUCAGUUUUUGCCACCUGGGUUUAUGCUGAGGUGUGAGAAUGCUCUUAAACACCUUGAAGAAAAGUAACAAACAAAACACUGGCAAUUUGGGAGAUGAAAUUACACUGAAAACUGGUGGAUUGGCAGAAUUCCUCAAGGGUUAAUUAUUCCUGCUUCCAGGGGUGUGACAGCUCUGCACAGCUGCAGGUGUUUAUGUAGGAUGUGGUAAGUAAGUACUAUAGGGCAGUGAAAUAAGAUAUUUUAAUUUAAAAUUCUGUCUCUUUCCAGAAUUUCAUGGGUAUUUUAAUUUAAAAUUCUGUCUUUUUCCAGAAUUUGUUGUGGGAAGCAGUUCUGGAAUCAGAACUAAUGAUGCCCAUGUAUCUCAUAAGAUGUGAAGAUUUUUUUCAUAUUUGAAUGUUGCUGCUUUUUUUUCCCCCUUCUCUGCUCUCCAGUACCUACCAAGAGCCUGCAAUAAGGCUUUUCUUAUUUUUUAUAAUAUUAAUAAUAAUAAAUUUAAUACUU